AUGGGCACUGUUGCACUCAUUGAUGCACAUAUAGAUUCAUGCACACACGUUCUCACGCAUGUUUGCACACACAAAUACACACACACACGCGGAUUAUUGUCUUGUUGUGUGUGUUGUUGGCAGACUAUCCUGGUGGGGGAUAGUGGAGUGGGUAAGACGUCUCUUCUGGUCCAGUUUGACCAGGGCAAGUUCAUCCCUGGAUCCUUCUCUGCUACCGUUGGCAUCUGCUUCACGAACAAGGUGGUGACUGUAGACAACGUGAAGGUAAAACUACAGAUGUGGGACACUGCAGGCCAGGAGCGGUUCAGGAGCGUGACACAUGCCUAUUACAGGGACGCCCAUGCCUUACUCCUUUUAUAUGACAUCACCAGCAAAUCCUCCUUCGACAACAUACGGGCGUGGCUUACAGAGAUUCAUGAGUAUGCACAGAGGGAUGUAGUCAUCAUGUUGCUGGGCAACAAGGCAGACAUGGCCAGUGAAAGAGUGAUCAGGAGAGACGAAGGAGAGAAGCUUGCCAGGGAGUAUUCUGUUCCUUUCAUGGAGACAAGUGCCAAGACUGGGGUGAACGUUGAUCUGGCUUUCAUUGCAGUGGCAAAGGAGCUGAAGCACAGGGCAGUACAUGGCCAGCAGCCCAACGAGCCCACGUUCCAGAUUCAUGAGUACAUUGAGUCUCAGAAGGAAAAGUCUGGUUGCUGUAGCUACUUCUGAUGCAGAUACCUCUUUCUCUCCCCUCUGACUCUAUACUCCCCCGAUCUGCAUCAGCUCUGCCAGGUACAACCAAGGGGAGUGAAGAGGUGCCACCUAAGCAGUACACAGCAAGGAACUUACAGGGAGGGAAGUACAUCAACUAAUCAGCUUCGGAUGAGUAUGGGAGAAUUGGCUUUGAGGUUUUUGCAUUUAUCUUUUACACAAGUACAGAAAUGCCAUAGAAACAUUUCCCCCCUUUUACAAGGGAGAGCUGUCUCAAGAUUAACACAUUUCCCCUAGGACCCAUGACAUUGUGUUAUCAUUAAAAUGCAGUGACAUGCAUGUGUCACAAGGUGGAAAGUGUUGGGUUCUAAGUCUGGGUUGAGCAGGCAGAGUGAAGCAGAGGCAGACAACAAAUUAUGUUUUCAAAC